AUGCAGGGAGCAAUCUACCUCGUCGUUUUCUGCCUGCUGGUAGGCAUCUAUCUUAUCAAUAAAGGGCGCAGGUCAGUUUCGUCUUUAACUCUACCACCUGGUCCCAAGCCCCUUCCCAUCAUUGGUAAUGUUCACCAAGCUCCCAGUGGCCGGGGCUGGCUCACGUACCGUGAAUGGAGUAAAGAAUAUGGCCCGAUUAUCUAUCUCAAUAUGCUCGGUCAGCCCGUUAUUCUUUUGUCAACGUCCGAAGUAGCACAUGAUCUUCUAUCAAAGCGUGGAGCUAUCAUGUCGGAUCGGCCUCAUUUAUUCUUAGCAACCGAGCUAGCUUUGAAGGGGUUUAAUCUCCUGAUGAUGAACUAUACGGACCAAUUCAAACAGCAUCAGAGGUUGCAGGUCUCGGUGAUGAAUGCGACGCCAGCAGCCGCAUAUCGACAUUUUCAAGCUCUGGAAUCACAACAAUUACUCCUCGAUCUCUUGAAUUCUACAGAAGGCAACGGCACUACGCAGGACGAUAACAUUCCUUUUCAAGAGAACAUUCGACGAACAACCUCCAGCAUCAUCCAUACAUUACUCUAUGGCUUCCGAAUCAAAGACAUUAACGACCCUAUUCUCCGCACCGUCCUUAAACUCAACGAGGAAUUCUCCGAAUUUAUCAAGCCGGGGGCGAAUAUUGUAGACAAAUUUCCGGUCCUCAAUAAUCUACCCAGCUUCUUGGCUCCAUGGCAAGCAAAAGCCGAGAAUCAUUACACGACCAAAUAUAACCUGCGUAUCCAGAACUUCCAGCGAGGUAUGGAUUCGAAGUCUUGGAAUUUCUCAAAGCACCUGAGAGCAAUUGUCGAGAAGGAUAAGCUCGACAUGCCAACAGAUGAACUAGCAUUUGAAAUUGGCACUAUCAUCGAUGCAGCGCUAGAUGGCCUUACAGACUCUCUGAUCUGGUUCGUGGUGGCUUGUAUCACACAAGAUGAGACAAGCGGCUUUAUAGCCAAGGCACGACAAGAGCUAGAUAUUCAUGUAGGGCGUGAUCGACUUCCAAAUCUAGAAGAUAAGUCAAACCUACCAUAUAUUACCGCCAUUAUUGAAGAGAUUCCCCGUUGGCGUCCUGCUGCGCCCGAAGGUGUCCCUCAUGUGAACAGAGACGAGGUUACCUAUAACGGAUAUAUCAUCCCCAAGGGAUCAUACCUAUUACCUAUUAUUUGGACAAUUGGUCGGGAGGAGGCCGUGUUCGGUGCCAAGCCCGAUGAAUUUAUUCCAGAACGCUGGCUCAACGAGGAUGGCAAGACAUUUCGGGCCAUUCCCACUGCUACAUUUGGCUAUGGAAGGCGAACAUGUCCUGGUCGACACAUUGCUCGGAAUGUUCUCUGGAUUGUUGUUGCCCAGCUUAUAUGGUCAUUUGACAUCAAGGCUGGCGUAUCUGAAACAGGGGAGCCCGCCGUGGUUGAUCCCCUCGCCAGCAACGAUGGACCAAUUAUGCGGGCUCUGCCUUUUAAGGCUUCCUUCAACCCUCGUGGUCCUUGGGUGCGUGAAGUUCUCACCAAGGAGGGUGACACAUACAGCAAGGAUCACGAGGCCAUGUUGGACCAGAUUGGUGCAGAGCUCGCGAAGCUAUAG